AUGGUUUCACCUUUAUUAAUCGAGGUAACAGCAUAUAUAUAUAUAUGUAGAAAUCUUAUAUGAUGUAAUUGGGAAUAAAGAAUAAAGCGCCAUAUAUAUUUUAACAAUGCGAUUUCCUUGAAUCCAGAAUAAGCAUUCAAAGAUUUUAUCAUACCCAUUUCAAUAAGUUAAUUCUUAUGAUAAUCAAAAUAUUCUAACCUGAUUAGGAGUCUCUUUAAUAAUAAUGA